AUGCGCCAGCACCCUCUCCAAGCCGUCACGCAGCGAUUCACGCUUGAACGCGGCGCCGAGGCCUUCGAUGACAUGUCUGCCGUAUCGGUAAGGGCAGAGAUCUGUAGUGUAGUCUCUCUCUCUCUCAGUGUGUGUGUGUUUGUGUGUAUGUGUGUGCACAGGAGCGCAUGCAGGGAAAGGUCGGCCCGUCUCCGACCGACGAGGAGCUUUUGCAGUGGUUGGCCGACACCGAAGCCAUCCUGUUCCAAAUCCUGCAGGGCAAGAGGUAAGUGCUGUGCGUCGGUGUAAUGUGUGUGCGCACGUGGGUCUGUCUUGUUGCUGCUUGCAGACCGCCUGGUUCAGACAAGGUUGCCGAGGAUUUCGCAUUGAGAGUGUCUACCCUCUGUGAGCAACUACCUAUGAUCGAUCUGCACAUACCAACAGAGGCCGGAUGGACCCACUCACUGUCUGUCUGUCUGCCUGCCAUCUCUGUGUGUGUGUGUCAUGCACGCACGUGUGGUUUAGAUAUGAGCUGUGCAGUGAAGUGUGACGACAGAGGUAACAGACAGACAGGGCAAUGGAUACCGCCAUCGACAGACAGACAGACAGACGGACAGAGACGGGAUGUGUGUGUGUGUGUGCGUGUGUGUUUCCUCCAGGGUUGGAUUACUCGAUCAGACCGAAGGUCGCUGAAUACGCAUCGGCUACCACGGACGCAGCUGUACGAACAGCGCUUUUGAAUCGCGUCCAGCCGCGUGUUGAUUGA